AUGGCCCACAUGUCAGGCGGGCCCGUCCGUCUAAACCUGCCAUGGCCCGCCCGCCCGCCCGCCCGCAACGCGCGGCCGCCGCCAUCUGGGCCUAGGUUUUCCUGGAGAGCACAGCAGCGGCGCGGAAGCAACGAAGCGAGGGGCCGGCGGCGCGAGGACAGCCGAACCGGCCGCGCCGCACCGGACGUCGUAGACGCCAAGCCACCCGCGCUCCGGGACGAGGCGGAGGAGGAGGAGGAGGAGGAGGGAGGAAGGAUGGGGAGGAAAGGACGGAAGGGGAAGGACGCGGCUGACGGCGCCGGCGCCGGCGCCGUGCGGGAGGCGACGUUGGUGCGCGUCUCCAAGGUGCUCGAGGACUUCCAAGCCUCCGACGCCCAGGUUUACAAAUUUGAACCUGGCAUAUCCAAACAAGAGCGAGCUGCGAUACAUGAGAUGUGUAGAAAAUUGGGCAUGAUAUCCAAGAGUUCUGGGAAUGGGGAACGGCGAUGUCUAUCUGUUUACAAAAGAAAACAGAACCAGUCUUCUGAAAUGGAAGAAGGACCUAGCCUUCUUGGAUUUUCUGGGGAAGCAAGAAAUGUUUUGCAAGAUUUAUUCACGCAUUAUCCCCCUGUUGAUGCUGAGCUAAAUGGGCAUACCGUCAGGAAGGCUAGUGAUAAGGCUACAAAGAUUCAAUGGACGCCAGAUGGUGCAUUUUGUAGACCAGCAUUGCGCAAACCGGAUAUACUGAAGAAGGUGGAGAUGCUUGCAUCGAAAGUAAAUAAAUCCGAUCAGUUGAGAAAGAUUGUCCAAGAUAGAUCUAAGCUUCCGAUUUCAUCGUACAAGGAUGUAAUUUCGUCAACUUUAGAGAACAACCAGGUGGUUCUUAUUUCAGGAGAAACAGGAUGUGGUAAAACAACCCAGGUUCCUCAAUAUAUCUUGGAUCAUAUGUGGGGCAAGGGUGAAUCAUGUAAGGUUGUAUGCACUCAACCAAGGCGAAUAUCAGCUAUCUCAGUUGCUGAGCGGAUCUCUGCGGAAAGAGGAGAGGCUGUGGGUGACACCGUUGGGUAUAAGAUACGCCUGGAGUCAAAAGGAGGGAAGAACUCAUCAAUCUUGUUCUGUACAAAUGGCAUUCUUUUGAGGGUAUUGAUAGGCAGAGUAACUAAUAUUUCAAAAGAACAAAGUCGGAAACGCUCAUUCGGUGAUGCAAUUACAGAGUUAACACAUAUUAUUGUGGAUGAAAUCCAUGAAAGGGACAGGUUUUCAGAUUUCAUGUUGGCUAUUCUGAGAGAUUUGCUGCCAUUGUAUCCUCAUUUGCGCUUGGUACUCAUGAGCGCAACAAUUGAUGCUGAGCGAUUCUCAAAAUAUUUCAGUGGAUGUCCAGUUAUUCAAGUCCCCGGGUUUACCUAUCCUGUCAAAACUUUCUAUCUGGAGGAUGUGCUUUCUAUUUUGCAGUCUGUAGGUGACAACCAUCUUAAUACUACAACAGACGAUCUGAAACAGAGCAGUUUAUUAACUGAUGAUUACAAAAGCUCAAUGGAUGAAGCAAUUAACCUAGCUUUGGGUAGUGAUGAAUUUGAUCCUCUCCUUGAGCUUAUUUCUACUGAGCAGAACCAAGAAAUCUUCAAUUACCAGCACUCAGAAACCGGUGUGACACCUUUGAUGGUUCUUGCUGGAAAAGGUCAGGUUGGAGAUGUUUGCAUGCUUCUAUCAUUUGGGGUGGAUUGUUCUGCACAGGAUCAUGAUGGAAAAUCUGCAUUAGAUUGGGCAGAACAAGGGAAUCAACAAGAGGUUUGCGAAGUUAUUAAGAAACAUGUGGAGUGUAGUUCAGCAAAGUUAACUGAAGAGAACGAGCUGCUCAAUAAAUAUUUGGCAACCAUCAAUCCUGAGCACAUCGAUACUGUGCUAAUAGAACGAUUGCUCAGAAAAAUUUGUGUUGAUUCUAAUGAAGGAGCUAUCCUGGUGUUUCUUCCUGGGUGGGAAGAUAUAAAUCAAACACGGGAAAGGCUACUUGCUUCUUCCUUCUUUCGAGAUUCGUCAAAGUUUCUUGUGUUGUCACUUCAUUCUAUGAUCCCUUCAUUGGAGCAGAAAAAGGUUUUUAAGCGCCCACCUGCAGGAGCUCGUAAAAUAAUCCUCUCAACCAACAUAGCAGAGACUGCUGUGACAAUUGAUGACGUUGUAUUCGUCAUAGAUAGUGGGAGAAUGAAAGAGAAAAGUUAUGAUCCAUAUAAUAAUGUCUCAACACUUCAUUCUUCCUGGGUUUCAAAAGCUAAUGCAAGACAACGUCAAGGGCGUGCUGGUCGUUGUCAGCCAGGAACAUGCUACCAUCUUUACUCUAGAUUUCGAGCAGCUUCAUUGCCAGAUUACCAAAUCCCUGAAAUAAAGAGGAUGCCUAUUGAGGAGCUAUGUUUACAGGUCAAACUGCUUGAUUCGGACUGCAGAAUUGCAGACUUUUUAAAGAAAACUUUGGACUCUCCAGUUCCAGAAACUGUAAGAAAUGCUAUUUCUGUACUUCAGGAUCUUGGUGCUUUGACUCAAGAUGAACAAUUGACAGAGCUAGGGGAAAAGUUGGGUACCCUUCCAGUCCAUCCAUCCACAAGCAAGAUGCUGCUGUUUGGUAUAUUAAUGAAUUGCCUAGAUCCGGCGUUGACAUUGGCAUGUGCAGCAGAUUAUAGAGAUCCUUUCCUCCUUCCAAUGGCUCCAGAUGAGAGGAAAAAGGCUGCCGCAGCCAAGGUUGAACUUGCUUCACUGUAUGGUGGCUACAGUGAUCAGCUUGCAGUUGUAGCAGCUUUGGACUGUUGGAGGCGUGCCAAAGAUAGGGGCGAAGAAUCUCAGUUUUGUUCUAAGUAUUUUGUGUCUUCAAACACCAUGCAUAUGCUAUCAAACAUGACGAAACAGCUUCAGAAUGAACUAGCUCAAAGAGGAUUUGUUCCUGCAGAUGCUUCUGCUUGCAGCUUAAAUGCUAGAGAUCCAGGUAUCAUUCGUGCUGUCCUUAUGGCUGGUGCUUAUCCAAUGGUAGGAAGAUUGCUUCCCCCUAACAGGAAUAUUAGAAGAGCGGUCAUUGAAACAGCAAGUGGUGCCAAAGUUCGGCUGCAUCCACAUUCUUGCAAUUUUAACUUGUCUUCUCGUAAGACUUCUGGGAAUCCAUUAGUAACAUAUGAUGAGAUUACUCGAGGCGAUGGUGGAAUGUACAUAAAAAAUUCUUCUGUUGUUGGGACCUAUCCUUUAAUAAUUCUUGCUACGGAAAUGGUUGUUGCUCCUCCUGAUGAUGAUGAUAGUGAUGAUGAGGAUGACACUGACAAAGGCACUUUGGGACAACAAAAGGAGAUAAUGUCUUCUCCUGAUAACUCUGUUUCAGUUGUUAUUGAUCGGUGGCUCCGGUUUGAUGCUACAGCUCUUGAUGUUGCUCAAAUAUACUGCCUUAGAGAGCGCCUAGCAUCAGCUAUUCUAUUCAAAGUCAAACAUCCACAGGAUGUUCUCCCACCUGAUCUUGGAGCAACAAUGUAUGCUAUUGCGUGCAUCCUAUCGUAUGAUGGCUUGCCUGCUAUGGUUACAACUGAUGAUGCUGGCACAAGUAGGGGUUCAAGUUCAACUGAAUCAAGCAGAUUCGCUCAGGGUCGUCGAGUGGCUUAUAUACCUCCUGGCGGUUUCCUCAUGUCUUUGUUAUCGGACAAACCGCUUAAUGCUCCUCAUUUUCAGAAGUCCUUUAACCACCGAGAUGGUGCUUCAGGGCAUAUUCGGCCAUCAAGGGCCUCCAUCGGUAGAUUUGAUCAGUCACGGCGUCCGCAACGUAAUAAUUCUGGACCAAGGACUUUCAAAAGACAGCGCAACGGUGCACAGUGAGUAUGGUCUAUAUGAACUGGAGAUCCCAUUUUGCAAAUCCUCCAGCUGUGCUGUAUGAUAGGCCUGUGGUAGAAGUACGGGAUUGCUUUCUUGGUCGAGAAAUUAACAAGGGUUUGCAGCCUUCCUUUGUUAAAGGACGAGUAGAAGGUCUGGCACCGUGUGAUGCCUUGAGCUGAGACCAUAACAAGUUGGAAACGCUGUUUUGCCGGUGACCCAUCCGCAGUUCAGUUCACGUUGCUGUUCUGUUCAGCUCUUCCCGUCUCCUUAAUCGUGCGUCGCAAAGUUUCCUUUGUAAUCUGAUGGCAGGCCACGCCACAGUCCACUGGUACUUAACCACCAAAUUGUCCUAGUUGGCAGAUGAGUGACCCAUAGUCUGAAUUCGAAUUCUGAUGUCCCACACACAGGUCUAGUUUUGUAACCUGGAACACUCAUUUUUGCGCUGAUGAUGUACGUGAGGAAGUAGAAUGUUCCCAUCUUCAGCCUAUGGUUCUAUAUGAAGUAAUGAAAGGAAGCAUAACGCAUGUGCUUCUGAAUUCUCCAUGUCGUGUGCCCUGUCACCACAGUGAUGUGAUGCUGCGGAACACCUUUUGUUCGUGUAGAAAAGAAAAAAAAUUAUCGAAAAAAAUGAUCGGGUGAAAUAGUUUCUCGUACUACAAGCGCCAAAAACAGCACUG